AUGAAGCCGGUCCCGAGGCAUAUGGCAGCCGCGAUGCGGCGAGCGACCACUCUCAAGAGCACCCACCUGUAUCCUCUCAUCCCCUCCAUAAUGCAAUCACCAUUUCCACACCUGUUCUCCACCACCACUACCAUCACCAACUCGACGCCGGCCGCGCAGAGCCAGCCCUCCAUAAAUUCGCGAGGAAAGCGUCUCGACGACGCCACGCACAACCUGAAACAGCCACCAGCGGCAGCCGCCAAAGCAGUUGCAUCAGGUCGCGACGAGACGAGCAAGACACAGGCGCAGCUUGACGAGGAGCUGCGCCAGAAGCUGGAGGGCAUCUCGGGCGAGGGCGGAGCGGCUGGGGUCGAGUACGAGGACGGUCGGCCGGUGGCGAUGAAACGGGCCGUGAGGGAGAACAUGUUUCGGUACAUAUGA